AAACCAAGCUGUAGCAGAAUUUGUAAUAUUAGGACAAGAAUAUCCUGAAAAAAAAUUUGAUAAAUUACAUAAAGAAUACCUUAUAACAGAAAACUUACAUAAAGGACAUGAUUUUGACCAAAGCUCAAACAUGCCCAAACACAUUGACUAUAAAAAACAAAUUCCUAAAACACAAGAAAGAUUUAUAAUUUGCAAAUAUUGCAAAGCUAAAGAUCUACCUUGUGACAAUAAAAUACCCUGCUCAUUUUGUAAACUUAGCAAUAAAAUCUGUAAAAGAAACUAUCGUAUAUCAGAUAAAACUAAAGUACUCAGAAAAAUAUUUGACGCAAAAAUAAACUUAUUACAUACAAUUGAAGAAGCGAAGUUAAUCUUUGAAUCACUCAAAGAACAACACAACUUCGAUAAAUUAUAUGAAAUACUUGAUAAUCUACAAGAUACUUCUGAUGAAGAAAGUGGAUACCCCAGUACACCACAACAAGUAAAAGAAUACACACCACACCAUACUCCAAGCAUGCCUGUAUAG